AUGUCGGACUCUGCCCCUCCACCCCCACCUCCACCCGCGCACCCCGAGUCAAAGAUCUCGCCAGCCGUGCGCAAACUACGAAGUACACCUCCAGAGAAAUUCUUCCCUAUUAUCAACAACGCUCCUAUAGACCCGUCUGAUCUACCGACAGGUCCGUAUUUCUUCUAUGGAUCACUCCUAGACCCAGGGAUCCUCGGUGAGAUUCUAGGGCUAGACACCAAGCCUGAGCUGCGACCAGCGUACAUCGAGGGGUACCAAUGCAAACUGUGGGGUCAGUACCCAGCUCUAGUGGGAAGCGUCCCGAGCGAUAUUGUCAAGGGUGCUGUAUAUAAUGUGCGCAGCGUGGCGGAGGCCGCGAAGCUGGCUGCCUACGAAACGCGCAAUUACCAGCCCGUGUCGUGUGCGAUCACGUAUACCGAUGGGAUAUGGCCAGCGCAGCAGCCUGGGUCCGCUUUUCUGUUCAGGAAUCCGCGGGAUUUGAGUGAGGGGUGUUUUGACUUGAAGGUUUGGUUGAAGCGGGUGGGGAGAGAUGCGGCAUCGGAUCAGUUGGAGGGGAAGAAGAUGGACAAGUCGGAGUUGUUCAGUUCAAAGUCAGAUUGUGUUUGGACACUUCAUCAAUGA